GUAAACUUAGCUGUGGUCCACAUGAGCUGCUGACCCUAUCAGUCGGUAAAACAAACGGUCUCUAUUAUACACAGGUAUUUGGGAGGAAACGAGAGUACGAUGUAUUACAGUUGGAGGAUUAUCACUACCCUCGUGCUUUUCUUCGUUGUGGCUAACGAAAGUUCCCAUGUCUGUGCCCCCUGUGCAUGUAACUUAACAAGUGGAACAAUGGAAUGUUUGAGCAUGCCGUACUUAGUGCCACCACCACCCGGCAUGAAAACUCUCGUCCUUCGUGACGUCGAUUUUGGUACCUUCAAACACCCAAGCCUAAAUAAUUUAACUAGAGCUAACAUCUCCGAGCUGACCUUUAUAGGGUGUAAUCUGGGGGCAAUAAAACCUAUGACUUUAUUUUCGGGGCUAAGGCAUCUGAAAAAGUUACGGCUGAACAGAACGACUAUCAUCCCCGAAAAUUUACGCCUGGCGUUUUAUAGUCUGAGUAGCACAGAGAUAAAUGAGAUUUACCUAGACGACAUGGAUAUCGCUCCACUUCCGUGCCACGUUUUCGACGGGCUCAAGACAUCCAGAAUCUUUCUAAUAUCACUCCGAGGAAACUCGAUCCGGACCCUCCAGUUUUCUGAUCAUGCUGACAUCUUUCAGGAAGUCCCGAGCUUACAGGCUCUUGUCCUUUCCGAGAACCAAAUCGGCGCUGUUGAAGACAACACCUUCGCUGAACUCGUAGCUUUGCAACACUUGUUCCUGGACUUGAACAAAAUCCGACGGUUGGAGCCGUCCGCCUUUAGGAUUCCUUCUCUGGUCACGCUAAGCAUCGCCGAGAACCACUUCAAGUUUUCCUCUCUAGAAGAUACGAGUAAGCUGUUCAGUCACCUGAGUAAGCUCAAGGUACUCAAUAUCUCUGGAAACGAUCUUAAAGGUGUAAAUCCCCGAAAUCUGGUUCUUUUGUUCAGGAAUUUAACACUGGUAACAGUUUUGAAAUUGGGUCACACCGGUUUGACUUUUCUACCUUCUGGCAUAUUUCGUGGCUUGAAGAUGCUGAAGGAGAUCUAUCUGGAGGGAAACCAGUUAAAAUCUUGGCAACCUGAGACAUUCCGAAGGCUGAAUAAUUUGGAGGCACUUUACUUGAACAAAAAUAAAAUUCAAACGGUAAGUCUUGAUAAACUGUAUUCCGUGGUGAACAGGACUCAUACAGUCCAUUUAAAUCUGGCCAACAACCCAUUCUCCUGUACCUGUCAAAACAGACAUUUUCUCCAGUGGCUUAACCAAAUUCAGCAAAAACCUGUUGGGUAUCCGAAUCUUUACAGAUGCUCAAGUCCGUUUGAGCUCUUCCAGACGCCGCUCGACCAAGUCACCUUUAACAAACAGGGGUGCCAGAACCCUGAAGAGAGAGGGGAGGGAGGAUUUCGGAAGAGAGGCCCUUGCUACCCAUGCCAGUGUGACCCAACAACUCUAACCUGCAGUGGCACUGGUUUAGCCUACAUUCCACGGCCACCCUCAUCAGUGACGAAAGUUGUUUUCCAUUCAUUGCACUUCCAUGUUCUAAACCAAGCGAUCUUGAAUAACCUUACGGACAAUGCCAUCACUGAUUUCAGUAUAACGAACAGCACAAUCAUCGCACAGUCCAAUGAUACGUUUAGUCAGUUCUCCUUGAAAAGCCUCAGUCUGUCUGGCACGCUGGUCACACCGGAAGUCAUAAGGCAAGGCUUGAGCAGUUUGCAGGACAAAAAUAUUACAAGUCUUCAUCUUGAGAACAUGGAGUUGAGAGAACUCCCGUCAAACAUGUUCGCUCAUUUGAAAGGAAUUAUUCAUUUAACCACGUUGUCGUUAGCCAAUAAUAAGCUGUCAUCCGUACCCUCUGAUGGAAAUCUGUUUGUGACCUUAAGUCAAUUGAGACAUCUUGACCUUUCAAAUAACUUGCUAAAGGCUUUAAGCAAUAAUUCUUUCAAAGGCUUGCUGUCUCUUUGUUAUUUAAAUCUCGGCUCAAACCGCAUUCAGGCAGUGGAACCUUAUGUGUUCACCUUGAGUGCUCUGACGCACUUAAGGUUCGAUAAGAACCGUUAUGUCUUUUCUGCCGCCGAUGUAGGCCACAUGUUCCACAACGUAACCAGACUGCAGGUUCUAGACCUGUCCGGGAACAACUUGAGCGGCCUCAGUCCCACCAUGACGGAAACCCUUCUAAAGCCCCUGGAGGAGCUCCACAUCCUGUCUCUGGACAGCACCGGUCUAACUGAUUUGCCGACUGGAUUACUCGGCGACAAACCCGGCCUGCAAGUUCUAAGUGCAUGUAACAACAGAAUAACCGAAAUAGUUCCCAGCUUCUUCACCAGACAGACGCACCUUAGCGCGUUGUAUUUACGCGGAAACAAAAUCUCCAAAAUUUCCACAGACGUACUGGAUAUGUUGCGGGACAGCAACAUCGAAUAUCUGAAUUUAGCCAAAAAUCCCAUCGAGUGCUCUUGUCGCUCCAAGGAGUUCAUGAGCUGGAUUAACACUACGCAUGUCACUCUAGUCGAUUACCCAGAAUCCUAUAUCUGUGCGACACCAAGCGGAGAGUAUGGAAAACUGGUGUCCGAUUUUAGACAGGAUACCUGCUCGAAUUUACUACGUCAUCGACUGAGUUACACCACCGCGAUUGUUGUUGGCGUGGCAUCUGGCAUAUCUGUUGUUUUGCUUGUAGCUGUUGUUAUAGCCGUGUAUUGUCAACGUAAAAAAAUAUGGUUGUCUACAUUACGAUUUAAGGCCCGUCUUCGCAGCCAGCGUAUUGAAGCACUGAUCGAGGAGAGGAUUUAGACACUCAGCAAUGAUUAUUUGACAUCUGGUA